ACCUUAAUCGUCUCGAUAAAUCGCCACUCCUCGCCAACGGCUACAAUCCCCCGCCCAUCAAUCACAUGGCUUUCAUGCAAAUGAAUCAUCAUCCCGGCACGGCGUUAAUGUCACCCGGUAUGCCGCCGCAUGGCCUACACGCACGACCUGAUAGUCAAAUGUUGAAAGCUGCCGCUCAAGGUGGUAUGUCCGCGGCGAAUAUGGAUGCCUUGGCGCGCUCCGGCAUUUGGGAGAAUUGUCGCGCCGCCUAUGAGGAUAUUGUGAAACAUUUGGAACGCCUUCGUGAGGAACGCACCGAUGAGCGCCAACAAAUGAACAGCGGCGGCGGUGUCAACGAGCCAAAGAUCCGCGAUUUAAGCUCUCGAAAUUCUGGUUCCCCGAACCGUCACAGCCCCGUGCUGAAUCUCUCCAAGUCCGGCGGCAAUACGGACCAAGGCAGCAAUUGUGAUGAUCGCAGUGAACGCAGCGAAAUGCAUUCGCCGGUACAUUCGGUGCGCGAGGGUAGUGUCGGUGGCGGCAGUCAGGGUGUGAUUGGCGUGGAGGACGACGAUGACGAAAAUCUGAGUGAUGAUAAUGCGUCAGAAGUCGAUGAACGUUGCAACAAAGAUGACGAAGACUUGAGUGAUACUGAGCGUGAUAAUAUAACAUCGUCGACGGCGGCGUCGUCACAACGUCAUCCACUGCACCAUCACCUACCACAUCACCCCCACCCGCACCCACACCACCACCACCACCACCAGCUGCACCAUGGCGCCAGCAAUGCUGUAGGUGUCGGUGAACGUGGCGUGCCAGGCGGACCCGGCGGUGGCGGUGUAGGUGUCGGUGUCGGUGUUGGUGGCCUUGGCGUGGCUGCUGCAGCCGCUGCCGCCGCCGCUGUUGGUCUCAACGAACGCGACGUUGUCAACUCACACGCGGCACUACAACAAUCUCCCGUCUCCACACACAAUGCCGCUGCCGUGGCAGCGCUGCAACAUCAUCACCAGCGUGCUCUGAACUAUUCACAAUUGGCUGCGGCGGCUGCUGUUGCCGGCGGUGCUGCUGGCGGUGGGCCAGGUGCGAAUUCUGGCCUCGCGAAUGGGCCUGGCUCGGGUGGCGCGCUUGCGGGCACGGAAGCUUUGUUGGCGGCCAAUGACGCCACUGCAGCUGCUGCGUUGGCCGGUGGCCUCGCGCUUGGCCCACUCGCUAUGGAUCCGCACGGUGCAACCUCAUCUACCGAGACGCUGCUGCGCAACAUACAAAGCCUGCUGAAGGUGGCUGCGGACAAUGCGCGUCAACAGGAGCGACAAAUCAGCUACGAAAAAGCCGAGCUUAAAAUGGACGUUUUGCGCGAACGCGAAGUCAAAGAUUCAUUAGAUCGACAAUUAGCCGAUGAACGGAAACUUAGAGUUUUGUACCAGAAGCGCUACCGUCGCGAGCGUAAAAUGCGCAUACGCUACCAACAGCAGCUGGACGGCGGCAAACGAAAAUCGACACACCCAUCGAGUGCGGGUGGCAAUAGUGGCGGCAAUGGCAGCAGCAGCAGCGGCGGCGGGGGUGGCGGCUGUAGCGCUGCUGGGCCGAAUGGCAACGAGGAGGGCCGCAGCAGUGUCGGCGGUGAAUGCAAAAAUAGCAGCGGCGAAGCGGCGACGCGGAAAAACGAACAAGAUAACGAUUGCAAAUCGAGCGAAAAAUCUGAGAAAUCGUUGAAUUCAAAUGAUGGCUGCUCGCUAACACAACAAUCACAAAAUUCCCAACAGCAUCAAGCACAACAAUUGCAGCAACAACAACAACAACAACAACAGCACCAGUCACAAACUCAAUCAUUGGCACAUCAUCAUCAGCCACAACAACAACAACAACAACAACAUCAUACCCAUCACUUGCGACAACGUUCCGAGAGUCCUACUUUCAAACGUGAACCGCAGUCGGAUCGUGAUAGUCCCGCUGGUCGUCACAGCGCCGAUCGUUUGGAACGUUGCGAUCGUGAACACUCCGAAUGUGAAUCGCGUGCGCAUUGCGAACGCUCAGAACGUGAUAGCAGCGGUGGUGGGGGCGCCGGCGGCGAUGCGUCUGCCAUGGAGCGUUCGUUGAGCUUGCCACCCACUUCACAAGCGGAAGGUAAUUUGGCGGCAGCGGCAGCAGCAGCAGCUGCAGCGGCUGCGGCUAGUGGUGGAAAGGCACCAUGGAAUUAUCCGGGCAUCGAUUUGAUGGCCACUGGCGCGUUCUGGCAGAACUAUUCUGAGUCCUUGGCUCAAGAAAUCGAAUUGGAACGCAAAACGCGCGCCGCCAAUGCCGAGCGUGACGUGAAGAGUCCACUCACCGAUCGCCCACCAGCAUACUACAAGAAUUCGGUGCUUUUCGGCAGCGCCAAUUAAAAGACCACAGAGCAAAGUGAGUAUUGCGAGAGCUAAAUAUGUAAAUGGGAAAUGCGAUGAUGUGCCGACGGCAAAGCUUGUACUUAUUUGCGUAGUAGAUGAGUUAGAAAUCGAAAACGUUUAAAAGUUUUAAGGAAGCAAAAUGAAGAAAAGUGUAAAAGCAGACAAAGAUUUACAAUAUCUUUUAGUUAUGAUCUCAAAGUGCAAUCACAAGAAGGGUGAAAAUUGAAAGCGUAGUACGGAAAAUAAUGAAAGAAGAAUAUUGUAUAAAGAAAAAUUGAGUAAAACAAUUAGCAUUUGCUUUGAUAGACGCGUUACGACGGCGCUCAGUAUACGAAAUGGAAGAUGGCGUGGCAGGGCCGAAAGUGCUUACAAAUACAUAUUUAUAUGCUUACAAGAACAUUAAUAUGUAUGUGAGGGUAUAGAAGAAUAAGGAAUUAAAAAAAAAGCAUUUACGUAUAGCGAAAAGUAGCAAAUAAAACUACUUACGAAACUUGUUACCAGUGAAACGCAUACGAAAGUAGUGUUUGUAUAUAGUCAAGGCCAAACCAUGUGGCGGCGUUCUUACUACAUAGUUUGUAUGUAGGUAUAUAUUUAUACAUAUUUUAAUUUUGCGAUAAUAGAAGCUUAGCGAAUUUUCCUUUUUGUUACGUAAACACUAAAAAAUACAGUCUAAAAAAUAAUAAAAAAAAAUACCUAAUAGUAGCUGUAGUUGUUUAAGCACAUUUCAGCGUUUAUUAAAUAAGUAUGUAGAGCGUAAAUAAAAUUUUGUUUAAUCGUUUUUGAAAAGCGCUUAGAAAAAAAAAAAUACAAAAAUUAAAAAAAAAAAAAAUAUUAAAAAAUUGGUCAUAUAUUAAAAUUAUUACUAAUUGCCUAGAUAAUUAGCUCCGUAAGCCAGUGAGAACAGCUUUUCUUUGUUUGUAAGUAAAUAUAAUAAAUAGUAGGUUAACAUUUAACGAUUUUAAGAUUUCUGUAGAACUGCUGAGUUAGUGCUUGGUAUUAAAAAAAAAAAAAGUGUUAAAAAAAUCAGCGAUAUUAAGCUUCCUUACAAUUGUCAGCUUGUAUGUAUGUAUGACUGCUAGUAGCAUAAGCGUCGUAGAUAUAGUACGUACUUAUACAUAUACAUUUACAUACUUACAUCUACACACUCGUACAUAUAAUUUGUUAUAGGUUAAACGAUUAGUUAAACAUCUGAUUGAAGCUGGACCCCUGCUUCGUCACCAAACCUUUGUAAAUAAAUAGCAUAACAUAGCAUAGCAUAACGUCCGCAUUGACGAUUUUUCGCCGGGGAGCAGCUUUUGUAGCGAUUACAUGUGGAAACUUGAAAAAAAAUUAAUUUAUACACAAAAAAAAUUUUUCAAUUAUAAAUUCAGAAUUUUU